AUGCAAAAGUUUACAUACCACUGUGCGGUCCACUGUGUGGUCCACUGUGUGGUCCGCUGUGUGGUCCACUGUGUGGUCCGCUGUGUGGUCCACUGUGUGGUCCACUGUGUGGUCCGCUGUGUGGUCCGCUGUGUGGUCCACUGUGGGGUCCGCUGUGCGGUCCGCUGUGCGGUCCGCUGUGCGGUCCGCUGUGCGGUCCGCUGUGCGGUCCACUGUGCGGUCCACUGUGUGGUCCACUGUGGGGUCCGCUGUGCGGUCCACUGUGCUGUCCGCUGUGCGGUCCGCUGUGCGGUCCACUGUGCGGUCCGCUGUGCGGUCCGCUGUGCGGUCCGCUGUGCGGUCCACUGUGCGGUCCACUGUGCGGUCCACUGUGCGGUCCACUGUGUGAUUCAGCCCAUAGGCCUGCUGAAGGUGCAGAUUCAGCCCAUAGGCAGGCUGAAGGUGCAGAUUCAGCCCAUAGGCAGGCUGAAGGUGCAGAUUCAGCCCAUAGGCAGGCUGAAGGUGCAGAUUCAGCCCAUAGGCAGGCUGAAGGUGCAGAUUCAGCCCAUAGGCAGGCUGAAGGUGCAGAUUCAGCCCAUAGGCAGGCUGAAGGUGCAGAUUCAGCCCAUAGGCAGGCUGAAGGUGCAGAUUCAGCCCAUAGGCAGGCUGAAGGUGCAGAUUCAGCCCAUAGGCAGGCUGAAGGUGCAGAUUCAGCCCAUAGGCAGGCUGAAGGUGCAGAUUCAGCCCAUAGGCAGGCUGAAGGUGCAGAUUCAGCCCAUAGGCAGGCUGAAGGUGCAGAUUCAGCCCAUAGGCCUGCUGAAGGUGCAGAUUCAGCCCAUAGGCAGGCUGAAGGUGCAGAUUCAGCCCAUAGGCAGGCUGAAGGUGCAGAUUCAGCCCAUAGGCACUCUGAAGGUGCAGAUUCAGCCCAUAGGCAGGCUGAAGGUGCAGAUUCAGCCCAUAGGCAGGCUGAAGGUGCAGAUUCAGCCCAUAGGCAGGCUGAAGGUGCAGAUUCAGCCCAUAGGCAGGCUGAAGGUGCAGAUUCAGCCCAUAGGCCUGCUGAAGGUGCAGAUUCAGCCCAUAGGCACUCUGAAGGAGGUGAGGGACAGGAGGCCCCUGGACUCUGUGGAGGAGGUGAGGGACAGGAGGCCCCUGGACUCUGUGGAGGAGGUGAGGGACAGGAGCUUCCUGGACUCUGUGGAGGAGGUGAGGGACAGGAGGCCCCUGGACUCUGUGGAGGAGGUGAGGGACAGGAGGCCCCUGGACUCUGUGGAGGAGGUGAGGGACAGGAGGCCCCUGGACUCUGUGGAGGAGGUGAGGGACAGGAGGCCCCUGGACUCUGUGGAGGAGGUGAGGGACAGGAGGCCCCUGGACUCUGUGGAGGAGGUGAGGGACAGGAGGCCCCUGGACUCUGUGGAGGAGGUGAGGGACAGGAGGCCCCUGGACUCUGUAGAGGAGGUGAGGGACAGGAGGCCCCUGGACUCUGUGGAGGAGGUGAGGGACAGGAGCCCUCGGACCUCUGUCGGUCUGAACAUCAGCCCUCGGACCUCUGUCAGUCUGAACAUCAGCCCUCGGACCUCUGUCGGUCUGAACAUCAGCCCUCGGACCUCUGUCGGUCUGAACAUCAGCCCUCGGACCUCUGUCGGUCUGAACAUCAGCCCUCGGACCUCUGUCGGUCUGAACAUCAGCCCUCGGACCUCUGUAAGUCUGAACAUCAGCCCUCGGACCUCUGUCAGUCUGAACAUCAGCCCUCGGACCUCUGUCAGUCUGAACAUCAGCCCUCGGACCUCUGUCGGUCUGAACAUCAGCCCUCGGACCUCUGUCGGUCUGAACAUCAGCCCUCGGACCUCUGUCAGUCUGAACAUCAGCCCUCGGACCUCUGUCGGUCUGAACAUCAGCCCUCGGACCUCUGUCGGUCUGAACAUCAGCCCUCGGACCUCUGUCGGUCUGAACAUCAGCCCUCGGACCUCUGUCGGUCUGAACAUCAGCCCUCGGACCUCUGUCGGUCUGAACAUCAGCCCUCGGACCUCUGUAAGUCUGAACAUCAGCCCUCGGACCUCUGUCAGUCUGAACAUCAGCCCUCGGACCUCUGUCGGUCUGAACAUCAGCCCUCGGACCUCUGUCAGUCUGAACAUCAGCCCUCGGACCUCUGGCGGUCUGAACAUCAGCCCUCGGACCUCUGUCGGUCUGAACAUCAGCCCUCGGACCUCUGUCGGUCUGAACAUCAGCCCUCGGACCUCUGUCAGUCUGAACAUCAGCCCUCGGACCUCUGUCAGUCUGAACAUCAGCCCUCGGACCUCUGUCAGUCUGAACAUCAGCCCUCGGACCUCUGUCAGUCUGAACAUCAGCCCUCGGACCUCUGUCAGUCUGAACAUCAGCCCUCGGACCUCUGUCAGUCUGAACAUCAGCCCUCGGACCUCUGUCAGUCUGAACAUCAGCCCUCGGACCUCUGUCAGUCUGAACAUCAGCCCUCGGACCUCUGUCAGUCUGAACAUCAGCCCUCGGACCUCUGUCAGUCUGAACAUCAGCCCUCGGACCUCUGUCAGUCUGAACAUCAGCCCUCGGACCUCUGUCAGUCUGAACAUCAGCCCUCGGACCUCUGUCAGUCUGAACAUCAGCCCUCGGACCUCUGUCAGUCUGAACAUCAGCCCUCGGACCUCUGUCAGUCUGAACAUCAGCCCUCGGACCUCUGUCAGUCUGAACAUCAGCCCUCGGACCUCUGUCAGUCUGAACAUCAGCCCUCGGACCUCUGUCAGUCUGAACAUCAGCCCUCGGACCUCUGGCAGUCGUCUGUCUCUGGGCCGUGGAGUCACCGAUCCGGCCUCUACCCUGUCCCCACGGCAAGGACACGACCACCGCACACACGAUCCCCACUCCCAGUCAAUGUGGACUGCGCUGUUCCAGCAUGGGGCCUCACAUGGGGCCUCACAUGGGGCCUCACCUGUUGGCAUGCAUGCUCCAGGCUUCUACAACAGUCGCUGCACAAGUCUUUCUGGUUCAAAAGAUGCGUGGGGUGUGUAUGGGGAGUUAGCGUGUUAG